CCUGAGGAUGACCCCGUGGUUCACCUGGAAGGCAAGGAACUGUGGGGGCAGUUUCACAAAAGCGGUACGGAGAUGGUCAUAACAAAGUCUGGAAGGCGCAUGUUUCCAGCAUUCAAAGUGUGCUGCAGCGGCUUGGACAGGAAGGCGAGGUACAUCCUGCUGAUGGAUAUAGUCGCAGCCGAUGACUACAGAUAUAAGUUUCACAACUCUCGCUGGAUGGCGGCUGGAAAGGCCGAUCCAGAAAUGCCCAAACGAAUGUACAUCCACCCAGACAGUCCUGCUACCGGGGAGCAAUGGAUGUCCAAAGCUGUGAACUUUCAUAAGCUCAAAUUGACAAACAAUAUAUCUGACAAACAUGGGUUUACCAUAUUAAACUCCAUGCACAAAUAUCAGCCGAG